ACUGGGCUGACAAAAAGCUCUUUGAAAAUAUUUUAUUUGCAGUUUUAUAGCCUGAAUUGGUAGAUCUUUUUUUUUUCAAAAGUGAAAGUAAAAUAGCCUGCAUCAGUGAAGUCAGCAGACUCAGAACAUGGUGACAUAAAGAUGAGUAUUUGGUAUCUUGUCUUCCUCUCUCCAUUUUUAUCAUCAGAUCCUCAGAAUGGUCCUAUCAUGAAUAUGGACACCUUUCUUGGUCUUAUAAAGGAGCUGGAGACCGCUCUGCCAGAUUCUUCUGCUCAGGAUCUUGCUCAACUCCUAAUUUCAACCAUCACUUUACCAUCCAGCUCCCCCGAGGUUCUUAGUGCUGAGCAAGCAUCUCUUAUCCACACUUUAUUAACUCACAAAGUCGUGGCAUCAAAAGGCGAGAGCUGGCAGGAGCAAGGAGUUGUCUUGGCCCCUGAUGGAAGCACAGUGGCAAUAAGACCCUUUCUUAGAGCUAUUCUCUGGGGAUGGAAAGUUGAUUGGAAAUGGGAGAAUCUACAAGAAGACAAUCCAUCUCUCGCAAUGUCUUUGGCAUUGUGUUUUGCUAAAUCUGAAGUGUCUCUGAAAGCACCACAAUAUUUUCCUGAUGGAUUCUGGGAUUCCAUUUCUAUGCCCAAAACCUUCCAAUUACAAAGAGCCCCUUCCAAGUGUGACCUAACGCUGGCUUAUAUCAAUGGUGCCUUGGAUGGCACUCUGCUGAGAGAGAUGCUAAUCAAAGAUACCCAGAAAAUGAGUUCAUUACUCCAGUCAUACUACUGGGGACGACCAACAAAGAGUGCGUUCCGGAGACAGGGCUUCCAUGAUCUGCUAAAGGAGGGGCAGUUAGCAGAUGAAAUACGUAAAGGAAUUAAUUGCUACAGAGAACAUGCUGAAGAUCAUGACCUACAGCCUAUCAAAGAUGAGCGGUUAAACUCCAUUGCUCAUGAAGUGGCCAAAGUGUUCGAACAGCAGUAUUUAGAAUGUCCUGCUGUGAUACCUCGCUGCAUGUGGGAGGCCAAGCCAUAUAAAGGCACCCCAACUUUACUAAAGCCACCCCUGUCUCAUGUCUACAUCCAUCAUACCGCAGAGCCCUCUAGGCCUAGUGUCUCCUUCCAGGAAUCUGCAGCAAACAUGCGCAGUAUGCAGAGAUUCCACCAGGAGGAUCGAGGCUGGGAUGACAUUGGCUACAGAAAUCAAGACUCAUCAGACCAGGCAACAUUUUUCCAGUCUUCAACAGUCCAAUUUUGCUUUGUGGUAGGUUCUGAUGGAUACCUGUAUGAAGGACGUGGCUGGCACUGGGUUGGGGCUCACACAAAGGGCUACAACUCUGUGGGUUAUGGCAUUAGCUUCAUUGGAGAUUUCACAUCAUCAGUUCCUGAUACUCGCAUACUGAAACUGGUCAAAGAUUUCUUGAAGUGUGCCGUGAGAUCUGGUUACAUCGUGCCUAACUAUACCAUUCAAGGUCAUCGACAGGUUGGUAACACCACAUGUCCAGGAGAUGCUCUUUUCCAAGAGAUUACCAGCUGGGAGCACUUCACCAAGGAAUCCAAAUAAAGAUUUAUCACAGAUCAAGGCUUCAAACCCUUCUGUUUUGUACUUAAUAAAGUUUUAGCAUUUUA